GUGCGGGUCCGGCUGCGGCGUCCAUGCGCAGUGGGCGCCACAUUGUAUCCUAUCAGGCGAGGAGAGGGUGAUGUCACCUGCGAGUUGGUAACCUACGAGCGGCUGUGAAGGAAACUGUUUAACCGGAUCCCAUUGUACGCGGAGCGCAGAGCCGCCUUUCCAGCAUGCAGGGGCUGCUCAGAGUUUAGUCACUUCAAGAAAUAGAACAGAAUUCAGCCAUGGCCCCAAGGAAGAGAGGUGGACGGGGGAUCUCGUUCAUCUUUUGCUGUUUCCGAAAUAAUGAUCACCCAGAAAUCACCUAUCGGCUGCGAAACGAUAGCAACUUUGCGCUUCAGACCAUGGAGCCAGCAUUACCCAUGCCCCCUGUGGAGGAGCUGGACAUCAUGUUCAGUGAACUUGUGGAUGAACUUGACCUGACAGACAAACACAGGGAAGCCAUGUUUGCACUUCCAGCUGAGAAAAAAUGGCAAAUAUACUGUAGCAAGAAAAAGGACCAGGAAGAAAACAAAGGAGCAACAAGCUGGCCUGAAUUCUACAUUGAUCAGCUGAAUUCCAUGGCUGCUAGAAAAUCUCUCCUGGCUUUGGAGAGGGAAGAGGAAGAAGAGAGAAGCAAAACUAUAGAGAGUUUGAAGACAGCACUAAGGACAAAACCAAUGAGGUUUGUAACCAGAUUCAUCGACUUGGAUGGCCUGUCAUGUAUUCUCAACUUUCUAAAGACCAUGGACUACGAGACUUCAGAGUCUCGAAUACAUACCUCUCUCAUUGGCUGUAUAAAGGCACUAAUGAACAACUCUCAAGGUCGGGCUCAUGUCCUAGCUCACUCUGAGAGUAUUAAUGUGAUUGCUCAGAGUCUGAGCACAGAGAACAUUAAAACGAAGGUGGCCGUACUGGAAAUCUUGGGCGCCGUGUGCCUGGUUCCUGGGGGCCACAAGAAGGUUCUACAGGCCAUGCUGCACUACCAGAAGUACGCCAGUGAAAGAACCCGAUUUCAGACGUUAAUUAAUGACUUGGAUAAAAGCACAGGGCGGUAUCGAGAUGAAGUGAGCCUCAAGACUGCCAUCAUGUCCUUCAUCAAUGCAGUACUAAGCCAAGGCGCAGGAGUGGAAAGUUUGGACUUUAGACUUCAUCUUCGCUAUGAAUUUCUGAUGUUAGGAAUUCAACCUGUAAUAGAUAAAUUAAGGGAACAUGAAAAUUCAACGUUAGAUAGGCAUUUAGAUUUUUUUGAAAUGCUCCGAAAUGAAGAUGAACUAGAAUUUGCCAAAAGAUUUGAACUGGUUCACAUAGACACAAAAAGUGCGACUCAGAUGUUUGAGCUGACCAGGAAGAGGCUGACCCAUAGUGAAGCUUACCCUCACUUCAUGUCCAUCCUGCACCACUGCCUCCAAAUGCCUUACAAGAGAAGUGGCAACACCGUUCAGUACUGGCUACUACUAGAUAGAAUUAUACAGCAAAUAGUUAUUCAGAAUGACAAAGGACAGGACCCCGACACCACACCUUUGGAAAACUUUAACAUUAAGAAUGUCGUACGAAUGUUGGUUAAUGAAAAUGAAGUUAAACAGUGGAAAGAACAAGCAGAAAAGAUGAGAAAAGAGCACAAUGAGUUACAACAGAAAUUGGAAAAGAAGGAGCGCGAGUGUGAUGCCAAAACCCAAGAGAAGGAAGAGAUGAUGCAGACCUUAAAUAAAAUGAAAGAGAAACUCGAAAAGGAGACGAGUGAGCAUAAGCAAGUCAAGCAGCAGGUGGCGGAUCUCACGGCACAGCUCCACGAGCUCAGCAGGAGAGCUGUCUGUGCUUCAAUCCCAGGUGGACCCUCCCCUGGAGCCCCAGGGGGGCCCUUUCCUUCCUCUCUACCGGGGUCCCUCCUUCCGCCACCACCUCCACCCCUGCCAGGUGGAAUGCUUCCUCCUCCGCCCCCUCCCCUUCCUCCAGGUGGCCCUCCUCCUCCCCCAGGGCCACCUCCCUUAGGGGGCAUCAUGCCGCCUCCCGGUGCUCCACUGGGUCUGGCGCUCAAGAAGAAAAACAUUCCCCAGCCCACCAAUGCCCUGAAAUCCUUCAACUGGUCUAAGCUGCCCGAGAAUAAACUGGAAGGAACAGUAUGGACUGAAAUUGAUGAUACAAAAGUCUUCAAAAUUCUAGAUCUUGAAGACCUGGAAAGAACUUUCUCUGCUUACCAAAGACAGCAGGAUUUCUUUGUGAACACUAACUCCAAGCAGAAAGAAGCAGAUGCCAUUGAUGACACACUGAGUUCCAAACUUAAAGUCAAAGAGCUUUCAGUGAUUGAUGGUCGGAGAGCUCAGAAUUGCAACAUCCUUCUAUCGAGGUUGAAAUUGUCGAAUGAUGAAAUCAAGCGGGCUAUUCUGACAAUGGACGAGCAAGAAGAUCUGCCCAAGGACAUGUUGGAACAGCUCUUGAAAUUUGUUCCCGAGAAAAGUGACAUUGACUUGUUGGAGGAACAUAAACACGAGCUGGAUCGGAUGGCCAAGGCUGAUAGAUUCCUUUUCGAAAUGAGCCGAAUUAAUCAUUAUCAGCAAAGACUGCAAUCACUGUACUUCAAGAAGAAGUUUGCAGAGCGUGUGGCAGAAGUGAAACCUAAAGUAGAAGCAAUUCGUUCCGGCUCAGAAGAGGUGUUUCGGAGCAGCUCCCUGAAGCAGUUGCUAGAAGUGGUUUUGACAUUUGGAAAUUACAUGAAUAAAGGCCAAAGAGGCAAUGCAUAUGGAUUCAAGAUAUCCAGCCUAAACAAGAUUGCUGACACAAAAUCUAGUAUUGACAAGAACAUCACACUUUUGCACUAUCUCAUAACUAUUGUGGAAAAUAAAUACCCCAAGGUCCUCAAUCUAAAUGAAGAACUGCGGGACAUUCCUCAAGCAGCAAAAGUAAACAUGACUGAGCUGGACAAGGAAAUAAGCACCCUGAGAAGUGGCCUGAAAGCAGUAGAGAUGGAGCUGGAAUAUCAGAAGUCUCAGCCCCCACAGCCCGGAGACAAGUUUGUGUCUGUUGUCAGCCAGUUCAUCACAGUCGCCAGCUUCAGCUUCUCUGAUGUGGAAGACCUUCUCGCAGAAGCUAAAGACCUGUUUACUAAAGCAGUGAAACACUUUGGCGAAGAGGCUGGCAAAAUCCAGCCGGAUGAGUUCUUCGGCAUUUUUGAUCAGUUUCUUCAAGCUGUGUCAGAAGCCAAACACGAGAAUGAAAACAUGAGAAGGAAGAAGGAGGAGGAGGAACGCCGUGCUCGCAUGGAAGCUCAGCUCAAAGAACAACGUGAAAGGGAACGUAAAAUGAGGAAAGCAAAAGAGAAUAGUGAAGAGGGUGGAGAGUUCGAUGACCUGGUUUCAGCUCUACGCUCAGGAGAAGUCUUUGACAAAGACCUUUCUAAACUGAAACGUAAUCGCAAGCGUAUUACCAACCAGAUGACGGACAGCAGCCGAGAGAGACCAGUCACAAAACUUAAUUUCUAAUUUUCCUUGGAUACUUUUUUAGAAAGCUCGUUAGCGGCCCUUUGAAGUGACUAGAACUUUUCAUUACACUGCCUUGCAAUCCAAACAGUGGCAAUUUCUUCCUUCAUCUGUGAGUGAGUGUGUGAAUGUGUGUGUAUGUAAAUGUACGUGUACAUAUAUAUUAAAAAAAAUGUAUAUAGAAGUCUGAGUGUUGUCUGGAGACCUAUAUGUAUGGUUAAAAAAAAAAAUCUAUGUUAAUGUAUUUGCUCAGAAGCCCUUUAUGUAUGCAUUCAGAUUGAGUAUGGCUCAUUUUCCUCCCCUGAACACCACGGCUGUUCAGAAGCACAAUACUAGCUCCUGAAAGAGAUGACAGAGACAUUCCCUAGGGUUAAAAGGAAAAACAAAAGCAAAAAAAAAAAAAAAAAAAAAAAAAAAAAAAAAAAAAAAAAGGCUUGAGAAAUAUUUUAUGGUUUCCAAGCUUGGUAUACUUUGAAAUUAUUUUCAUUGGUGAAACUGGUGUUGGAAAAAUAUCAACUUAAAAUGGUUUUUGAUAGUUGACAAUGUGAUGCUGGUGUGUUGCAUCAGUAAUUGAUAGGACCAGCUUAGAAUUUCCGACAUUGGUGUGGGGGUGCAGUCUGUAAAUAUUUAUUGAGAACAUCUUGCACACAAUCUGAAUUAUGUAGAAUGUCAAUCAGACUUUUUUUUUUAUAUAUUUAAAACUUGGGCAUCAACUUUUUCCCCCUAAUUUCAUCGAGUUCUCUGCCAAGCGCUCUUGAAGAUUUCUUUACAUUGCUUUUGAAAAGAACACUAUUUAUCUAAAUGCAAUUCAUGCUCUUGUUAAAGAACAAGAUUGCCAGAAUGUGCUUGUUGCUCUAACAAUAUAGAUAUAUAAACUUUAAAAAUAAAAUUUCCUACCCAAGACCUAAAAGGAAGAAUUCUCUAAAGGGAUAAAAAUUAUUUAAAUUUUUUUUAUGGGGUGCCUUUUUUUUUUCUUCCUUUUCUUUUCUUUUCUUUUCUUUUCUUUUCUUUUCUUUUCUUUCUUUCCUAUUUUGUAGGACAAGCUGCAUCUUCUGUCAAUAUGGGUUCACUAGUGAAUGCACAAAACGUCAACACCACCAACAGAGAUGCCAAGAUCUAUUUAUCUCUAAGUAUGUUUGAAGUGGUUUGUUGUUUAUAUGUUGUCAUUUUAAAUUGUGUGUCAGUAAAGCUACCUGUAAAAUUUCAGUCCAAAAGAUAAAGCUCUCAGGGAGAAAUGAAUAAAAACAAUGAACAUUAGAAAAUAAACUAUAGAUGCUUACCAUUAACCUACCAACUCUUAAUAUCCUUAAAUUAUAUAAAAAGAGGACUGUUACUUUUUUUUUUUUUUGGCUUUGCUUUAUUUAUUUGUAGUGGGGGAGGGGGGCUAAGAUUCUCUCUUUUUUUUUCCUAAAAAUCCUGUUGUGGUUGGGUUUCCUGUGGAGAGAGUAGUUUGUCCUGUUGCACUAGAACAUUAUUUACUCACUAAAUUGAGUUUUUCAGUCAAUUAACAAAUAUUUAUUAAACACCUACUAUGUGCCAGGCUUAGUAGGGCUACAAUGAUAAGCAAGACAAAGUCCCUGUCCCCAAGGAGCUUAUGUUCUAAUGGGGAUAAAGGGGUGAAUAGAAUACCAAUAUGCGCUGUACAGGAAUCAUGCUAUUUAAAAAUGAUUUGUAUAAACUAUAAUGCUUAGUGCAGACGGCAAGGUCUCUGUACUAUGUGAAAGCUGUGAAAUAGUACUCUAAGAGUUGUCAAGAGCAGUGGUUUUACUUUUUGUCCCCCUCAUUGCAAACUUAGAGACCUUCUACCCAUUUUAUGGAAGUAAAUGACUCUAGCAGAUAAGACGGUCAUAAACUCACAGCAGAGGUUGUGCUCCCCAGCCCCUAGUAACCAAGGUCUGCAAAUCCAUCGGGUUAAAGGUGCAGACACAGACUUUGCUCCAAAAGGCUUGGAGAUGAGGAAUGGGAGAUGAUGAUGGAUGUGUCUAUUCCUUAACAAAAGUGCCUCUAUCUUCUAUUUAUAGCAAGAGAAAUUUGGUCUGGCUCAAUUUUGGAACUGUAUUUUGAAAAUGGCUUUGUUUUACAGUUUAAGGAAUGGACAAGUGGAUGGAGUGUCACAUAGAGGAGCAAGCCCAUGUAGCGUGUUCCUCUUGCCCUUUGUAAUCAUCCUCAUUUUGAUACGGCCAUCCUGGUAGGCCUCCUUUACCAUUUCCAUUUUUGGUUUCUUUCCCCAAAAGCUUUGUGCAGGUAAUUCCAUGUGCCAUUGUUGAAAAAAAAAUCUACUUUUUAGAUUGGUGCUGGUGUAAGUAGCCACUUUUCUCUCUUGGGUGUGUAUUUUAAAGGUUUUUGUUUGUUUUUUUAAAUUAAUGCCAAAAAGAAAGCAUUAUAAUUUGUAAACUUAAUUAUAUGUCUUGUAUCUUACUAGCUUAGUAGUUGGAACCUCUUAGUCUUUAGGUGCAAGACUGUCGUUAUAGUACCAAGAAAAAAAAAUGUCGUAUGUGUCAUUGAGAUUGUACAUUUUUUUAAAAAAGCAAUAUGCAAUAAAGAGAUGAAUUCAUUGGGUGUA